AUGAACACAGCCAAUUAUGUACCACCUUGCAUGAGCAAGAAAGAAGAAAAACUAGUAGAAAAAGAGGAGAAUGGAGUGCGGAUAAAAUCAGCAGACGCAAUCACAGCCAUCACGACUUUCAAAGGAAACUUAAUAAAUAUGAAAAUACUUGAAAACAUGGAGGGCGUGGGAAUAACAAAGCCAACGCUUGUGCAGAGAUACGUCGUGCCGCUGGGCAUGCACGGGAGAGACCUUCUCAUAUCAGCCCCCACAGGAAUGGGAAAGACCAUCUCGUUUCUUGUGCCCACUAUUAACUACCUUCUGAGCCACGGCGCAUACCAGGAGAAGAGAUUCAAAUCUGGAUAUCAAAAAUCAUUUGGAAAGUCAAGCAGCCAGCCAAAAAGGCCCAUCCGAGGGCUUGUGCUUACGCCCACAAGAGAGCUUGCCCUGCAGAUAUACAACGACUGCGAAAUGCUCACCAACGGUCUUUCUCUCUCCGCAGGAUACGCAUACGGCGGAUCUGAGAAGCACGAACAGAUAAGCAUACUGAAGAAGGGCGUAGACCUGCUCAUAGGCACUCCCGGGAGAAUACAGGACUUUGCAGACAGGAAAACAAUCGAUCUUUCAAACAUACAGGUUCUUAUUUUCGAUGAAGCAGACAGAAUGCUCGACAUGGGCUUUGAAAAACAGAUAAAAGAAAUUCUGCAGCACCUAAACCCAAACACAGAGAGACAGACAAUGAUGUUUUCAGCCACGUUUCCAGAGCCAGUGCAGAAGCUCGCAAGGGCGUUCUUCCAGAAGGUGCCAGCAGAAGUGCACGUGGGCCAUGGGCCCCUGGAGAACAUAAAGCAGGAAAUAGUUCACAUAGAGGGAUACGAUCAAAAUAGAGUAAAAAGAAACGAAAAGCUGAUGGAGCUCCUAUUAGAGUACGGAUACGCAGCAGGGGACAAGCCCAUAGAGAAAACAGCAGUGCGGUCGUACAGCAGACAGUCGCCCGGCAUGAAGAUGCAGUGGGCGCGCAAAGAAACUGCAGAGCCAGAAAAAGUAAAAAAACAAGAAAGGGAAAAAGAAAAAGAAAAACCAAAGAUUGUUAUUUUCGUAGAUCAGAAGGUAGAUUGUAAAGAGUUGGCAUCGUUCCUGAACAGAAAGGGCAUAGAGUGCGCAAGCAUCCAUGGAGACAAAAUGCAGAGCGAAAGAGAAGACGCGCUGCACGAGUUCAAGAACAAUAUCUCGCCCAUCCUUGCUGCUACGUCUGUGGCUGCACGAGGCCUCGACAUCCCAGGGAUUGCUCUUGUGAUAAACUAUGCGAUGCCUGCGGAUAUCAAAGACUACAUCCACAGAAUAGGAAGAACAGGAAGAGCAGGAAAAGACGGAAGGGCAGUUACAUUUAUAACAAAAGAAGACUAUUCCCAUGCGCCCGCUCUUAUUGACAUCCUAAAGAAAGCCAACCAAAAGAUUCCAUCGUUCCUGGAAGAAGUUGCAUCUAUGCGCGUGAAGAGCGGGAGAGGAGGGCACGGAAGAGAGAGCCACAGACAAAGCUCUGCAGGGGUCUUCAAAAAAAGAGAAGACAGCGGACAGCACUUCCAGAACACGCAGGAAAUAAAACACAAAGACGCGCCCGUGCUUACAGAGAAAGUGAAGAUCGUAAAAAACAUCGAUUGGACACAAGAAAUAUCCUAA